AUGGCGACGACUUCGCAUGCAAUAGCCGCGUUAAACGCCCUUCCCGAGGCAUCCUUCCGCUCGACGAUCCACCCAUGUUGUUCAAGCACAGCCUUUGUGGACGCGGUAGCACGUGAGAGGCCGUUCACAGACGAAGCCCACCUCUUCCGUGCGUCGGCGAGCGCGUGGAACGGCCUCCCGCGCUCGGCCUGGCUCGAAGCCUUCGCGGCGCACCCGCGCAUCGGCGGGCUCGAACGCCGCGCCGCACAGGCGAAAUUUGCUCUGUGGAGCAGCCGCGAGCAGGCCGCCGUGACAGACGCGGCCCAGGACGUCAGGGCGGAGCUGGCGGAACUGAAUGAGAGCUACUUUGCGAAACAUGCGUUUGUCUUCUUGAUCUGCGCUACGGGGAAGAGCGCGGAGGAGAUGAGGGAUCAGAUCAAGGUGCGCUUGUGUAAUGAUACGGAUCGCGAGGUCGCAGUCGCGGCGGCAGAGCAGGAGAAGAUUACACAGCUCCGGCUGCAAAAGGUGCUUGCUGACCUGUGCGGUGAAAGGGAGGGGACGCAACGGUAG